UAAUCAUUUUUUUGUGGUUGUUUGUUCGUAUGUUCGGAAAUGUGUGCGAUUUUUGUUUAGUUUGUUGAGUUUUUUUUUACUUUUUAAAAAAUAUUCAUAGUUUUGACCAAUCAUACCUAAAGCUUGUCUUAACUUCCUAUGAAAUAUGCUAAUGAGUUCGAGGCAGGGUUUUAGUUUCUAUAUCGCCAAGGUGCUGUGGUAAGGUCGCAAACAUAUGCGUUUUAAGUAGAAGAUUGAUGUUAAACAGAAACAAGGGCAUAGAGGAACAAACAAACAAGUUUAUGUAAUAUGGCGCCCACGAUUGUUGUCUCGCAGUUGGUUUGCAAAUCCAGUGCGCGCAGGAUAGCUAUUUAUUAUGUAAAAACACAAAACAGAAUAAGGAACUGCAUAGGAGUGAUGGAAAUAAGUGAAUUCUACAUGUAGCUUACAUUUCGAUAUUCGUGUGGAAGAGGCAUGAUCAUGAUAAUGUAUACUGAAAGUAGAUGAAACAGAAUGGAGGAGACAGAAGGAGAAGUAAGUGAAGAAACUAUAUAUGUAUACCAAUAUCCGGGGGAGAGUCAUGCAGACACGGGGGGUGAGGAGAGAGUGGUCAGUCUGGACAGUAAGGAUUCCCCGGUGGAGGAAGUCGUGACGGAUACGCAAUAUGUGGAGGAGGUAGUGGAAAUUGACAAUGAAAAUGUCGUCGUGGCUAAUGUGAUGGCAGCCACAGAGAAAGGCUCCAUUAAACUAGUCUUGUCAGAGGAAGACAGCAACCAGGAGGAGCAUGGCUACACGAUGAACUAUAGACCAAUCCGACCGGUGGAACGGCAAAAAAUGAGGCCCUGGCUCCUCGAGCAUCUCGAUAGUGGGAAUAUUCCGGGUCUCUCCUGGCAAAACCGAACACAGCGUAUUUUUCGCAUUUCCUGGAAGCAUGCAGCACACAAUUGUUUUAACAGAACCAGAGAUUCAGACUUGUUUGAGAGAUGGGCAUAUCACACAGGUCGCCAUCAUGAUGGGAACCACAAGCGAUGGAAAGCAAAUUUUCGUUGUGCUUUGAACAGCUUACCAGAUGUCAUAGAGCUUAGGGACCUGGGUGUAAGAAAGGGAGAUAAUGCAUUUAAAGUGUAUAAAUUUAUUGACCUCAGUGAUGAGAAAGAGAGGGAGGAGAAGAAAAGGUUACAAAUGUUAACUAGGAGCGGCAAGAAAACGGAGACCAAGAAAGGGAGUUCGACACCCAGUACACCAGCAGGAAAUAAACAGUUCAAGACGGAGACUAACUCUCCUGCAGCAGUGAGCAUUACUACAGAGGGAGGCAUGUUACAAACAUUACUCCAUGCCAUAGAGCUUAAAAACCAAGAGGCAGCUACUGACAGGAACGAUGACAAAAAGCCUAAGGAAAAGAUUCAGUUUACUGUGAAGAGAAGCUUAGAUCAAGAAAACCAACCUAGACCAAAGCGUGUUCGUGGAGAAGCAAGCAAAAAUCAGGAAAGUGAAGACACAGAAAGCAGUGAAGAAGAAGAGGAUUCAGAAACGACAUCCCAAGCCAGCAGUACUUCACUCACCCCAGGCACCACGCCAAACACAUCGGGGCGAAAUGUGAUCAGCAUGUUGAAACUACCAUCAACCAUAGAUGUAAAACAACUGCUAGCAUUAGCUGGAAAUAGACAGACUGAUCCUGAGGGGAAGGAUCCGAGUUCUGACAAAGUGACCAUUACCAGUGUUACAUUAGACUCUAUCCUACAGGACAGACUGACCCAAAACACUGACAGUUCCAAUGUCAAGAUCACCAUACCUUACACUGUGUUCGAGGCCCUCAAAGCCAGAAACAAGGCUUCCAAAGACAGAGGUAGUCCUGAGGGUACCCCCAGUAAUGCAGAACUGACUCAAUCUGUAGAUGUCAAAAAGGAUUCUUUAGGGACCACUGCAAAACAACAACUAGUAUUAGGAAACCUAGCCAGCAAUAAGGACUCCCCUUAUCCCAACAUCAGAAGUCGUCUUGUGUCACGACUGAACAUGAGUGGUGCCCAGUUAGUAGGUCAAGGUCAUAUUCGUCCCUCUCUGGCUGCCACAGGAAAUAAAGCGACCUUUGAGAAAGUGACAGUGCAAGCUAUCCCACAACUACAGCCUGUCAGUGUGGGUUCCUCGAGUGAUGAGUCUGAACAAGAAAGCAAAAUCAACAUUAGUCCUAUCAACAUCAACAACCUGGACCAGGUGACAGAACAAGUGACGGUGGAACUGAGUGAGCUGACGGAGGACCAGUUGUCUGCUGAGGUGGAAGGCGAACAAGAGAACCAGUACUGCUGCUUAUGGUGUAAAGUGAACUUCAAAACGAAGUUGGAGCUUCUGGGACAUUUUAUUUCUCUUCAUGAAGACAUGCUAAUUCCGGAGUCAGAUUCAUCAUUCAGCUCAGCCACAUCCACUUCAUCACUCAUCUGCCCAGCCACACCCACAGAUAAUGAAGGAGCCCUGGAUUUAUCAAAGAAACCCAAAGUGAUGGUAGAGGAAAAUCCCAAGGUCAUGUAUACAGAAGUGGUGGACCUGUCAUUUAACAAGUUGGAAGAGGAAGAGGGGGUACUAGACUUGUCCAACUCCAAGAAAAACUUAGUGGUGAACGAGAUCAAUGUUCCACCAUCUGACAACAGACCACAGUAUAGUCUUAACAGUCUAAUUGAAGCACUGAGAAACACCAUAGAGCAAGAUAGGAAAGACAGGCGGGCACCGGUGGGGAGCUAUGUAAUGGAGGUCGAUAAGGAGGAUGAUCAGGGAGAGCCGGUUAUGAAGUUUGUGGACCUGAGUUCAGACUCAGACAACGAGUCAGAUCCUCCAAAACAGAAGUGUUCCUCUGAUGUGAAAAUUUCUGUCAAGACUUUCCAAGUGAAUGGGAAGACCAUGUUUAGGUGUACUAAAUGUAACCGAGUGUUCAGCAAGUCCUGCACUCUGUCACGCCAUGCACUGGUCCACACGCAGCUGUUUCCAUAUCUGUGUGGAAUCUGUGAUUCAAAGUUCAGGGAUAUGAGAGUGCUUCUUAAACACCUUGAUCUUCAUGGAGAAGAUGUUGAAUGUCCUUGUCAGAAAUGUGGUAAAAUCAACAAUGACAAACCUGUGUCCAAUGCUGUGAAAGAUGGGCGUGGGAAAUUCCAGUUCAAGUGUGACAUUUGUGGUAAACAAUUUGAUAAUGUAGAAAGUUGUAAGACCCAUGUGGACUUUCACACCGACGAAACUGUGUCUGUCAGCUGCAGCAUUUGCAAAAUGAAGUUCACCUGUCAUCGAGCUCUGAACCGACACAGAAUGUCCUCUCACUCCCUACAGAACUGCCCUGUCUGUCUGGAGUCAUCCUCAGACCUCGCAGCUCACAUGGUGAACCACCCAAACGUGUUUAUUUAUAAGUGUGGAUUGUGUUCUGAUGGAUUUAAUCGCCGACCGGACCUCCACGAUCACCUCAAAGUGCACACAUCACUGGGCAACGUGGGACCUCAGAACCAAAUGAGAAGACGGGUAAAACCUUUAUCAAAAAAGACUUUGGAGGCAAGACUAAUGAAGAAAACGAAAUCAGUAGCGAAAAAAAUGGCCAGAAAGAAAGCUACCUCCACAAAGGACAGUGAAGAACAGGCUGAAAAUAUUAAAGUGGAAACAUUUGAUGACAAGGAUGUGGUGACUAAAGCAGUUAUCAUGCAGGAGAAAGAGGAGACCUGCAGCAAGAACCAUACAGCUAAACCAGGGAAUGAAGGCAACAUCCCUCACUUUGUAAUGAUGAUCGACUCUACAGAUGAUCUUGAUGAAAAGAAAAACAAAGAGGAUUACCGAAAAGAAAGAAAACAUGGGAGUGAGAAGAUGUCUGCUGCCCAGGAAAGAAAUGCACCUAACAAUGGUAACCAACUACAGGAGCUGUCUACAGAUAAGUGUGAUGAGCACCCCACAAGCUCUCCAGUCAAUGAAAACCCCACAAGCUCUCCAAUCAAGAAUGAAUCCCUUAAAGCAGAGUCAAUGAACUUGCGCAGACGCUCUUCAAGAAGAUGUCGCUGGCAUGACAAUGACUCAGUGUGUGAACGCUGCGAUGGAGCCUUUAUUAAAACCAUUGCUUUUGAAAGGAAGCAGAAGAAAACCUCACCAACGUCUUCUGGUGAUUUGAAUCAGCUGAUUUCUAGGGAUGAGGACUUGACGACUCUGACAGGUGCUACAGAUAGCGUACCAAGCCCUGCAGCUGACUCUGCUAAGUAACCACUCCCAGUGUGGAAGAAUCUCAGUCUGCCAUGUUAGAAAAGAUUUUUAUUGACCAGUUAUUAUGACCUGUAACAAUUUUGGUCAUCACAACUGCCAUGCAUUUGUUCCCUAUAUAUCUGUUAGUGAUUUUAUAUCCUUGAUAUGUCUUUAAGAUGUUAAUUGGGUAAACUUUUAACUGUGGCUGUAUCUUUCAAACCAAUUGUGUGGUUUUCAUUAGUUUUAAUGGGUCUCAAAUUUCAUAUUUUUUACGAAAAUUUGAUUUCUUUUAUCACUUGAUUUUAGGAUUCUAUUCAGCCAUGAAACCAACAUAUGAUUGAUUUGCUAUUGGCAUUUCACAAAACUUCAGUCAGAAGUCUCAAAUCAGCUUUACUUAUCAACUUUUUUAUGUUAUCUGUCAUUGUUGUAAACAUUUUACACUUUCAACUUCUCUUCUUCGGUUUGAAAUAAACUUGAGACAAAGCAUCCCUGGGUGAAGAGGAUUCAAAUUGUCUAAAGGGGACAAACAAGUGUUUUGAUAAGGGGAGGUAAUGAAGAGAGAGUAAGAUUUGAUGUUUUAAUCUUCAUGUCAAGAACCAUUGUACAGUAAAAGCCUACAUGUACAUGAAUAUUAGGAUAAAAAAGAUGUCUUUUCUCAUUUUGUUUCAUUUACAAAUUCAAAUCAACAUUACAAAGUGUUACUGUAAUACAGAUUUAAUGGCAUUACAGGUUAUGUACAUCGUUCAGCGUUGGGACGGACACUAUAAACUAACUAAUUUGUGAUUAACUAGUGAUGAAAUGGUCCGUGCCAACUAAUUUUUGCAACCCAUAUUAUCUUAAACAAAUACAAAGAGCAUUAAAGGAAUGAUUUGUGGUGAGAAAUAUUAAAUAUGACAAGGUUCUCUUGAACCUCAAGAAAAAUUUUCUCGCCCAGAAUAAAAAUUGUUUUGCGGUACUCAUUCAGUAUUGCACAGAGCAAGACUGGAGUUAUUUUAAAUUGAUAUGUAUAACAGUAAAAACUUUUUCUUUCCCAAUCGUCGGUAUAGUGAUUGGAAAAUGAGGACAACGGGUCUUUUAUUUUUUGUCUAAUUGUCUUUCUGACCCAUUCAGAAGGAAAAUUUAUCUUGUUUAUAGUUUAAUGGCAUUAAUUUUACAUUGGAUAUUUACAUUGUUACUGUAUGAAUUAUUUUCAAUUUAUAAAUGUAUAGAUAUUAUUGUAGAGAAUAGAUGCAUGUAAACAGUAGACAGCCAAAUCGUGGAGGCAUUGCCGGUAUAUAUAUUUAAUACAUUUUUGUACAGUAUUGAUGUAAAGUGAUGGAACUUUCAGUCUAGGGCUGAUUGGUGUUUGAAAUGUCUCACCUUCGUACACCUGUAAUUAAUGUUUUGAUAAUUAUCAGUGGAAUGUUAUUACUAUUUAUCAUUCUGUUUGCAGAGUGUUUUUGUUAUUGUUGUAUUUAUCACAUUAUACAGGCCAACCUUUGCUGAAACUUGUACAAGUAUCAUAACAGAAUUCAUUAGAAAAUAAGAAAUUUCUCCUCAGACAGAACUUCCUGUGUAGUUCCAGCACACAUUGUCCGGUUUGUUUUAGCUCUAAGUGUGGUUGUGAUUGAGGAUAGUAUAGAUCUGUUCCUGGGCAUUGAUUUACUCUAUAUGUAUCAAAUAAAACCUAUGUAGAUUUGU